ACCUGUCACUGCCUGAUCGUGACAUUUCCGACAGCCCGCGAAGGCAGCAUCAGCUCCGUCCAGGCGAGCAUCUGUAGUAACGUUACAGUUGUUCAGUGGAGAAGAAGAGGGCCGAUUCACUGUGGCAUAUCCGGGAUACUGAAGCGAACAGUCGGUUUAUGCUGCUCUGGACUCCUGAUAUUUGGUGAACAACAACAACAGUCAUCAUGGCAGAAGCCCACCAGGCCGUGGCCUUCCAGUUCACAGUCACUCCGGAGGGCAUCGAUCUGCAGCUGUCCCACCAGGCCCUCACUGAGAUCUACCUCUCAGGUGUGCGCUCCUGGAAGAAACGCCUCAUCCGGCUCAAGAACGGUGUGAUAACAGGAGUGUAUCCUGCCAGUCCCUCCUCCUGGCUGUUUGUGGUCGUAGCAGUCCUGGCCACCAUGUACACCCGCUCGGACCCCUCUAUGGGACUCAUAGGCAAAAUUCAGGAGCACCUGCCCGUCAGUCAGACCAUGAGCAACCAGUGUCAGACGUUGGUGUCAGCAGUGGUCUUCAGCACCAUGCUCUGGCUCCUGCUCAUCUUCACCAUGCGCAUGUGCCUCAAGCAGCUGCUCUCCUACCACCGUUGGAUGUUUGAGCAGCACGGCAAAAUGUCCAACACCACCAAAGUGUGGGUGGCGCUGGUGCGGAUCUUUUCUGGCAGGAAGCCUCUGCUCUACAGCUACCAGGGGUCCCUGCCAAACCUGCCUGUGCCGGCCAUCAAGGACACAGUGAAGAGGUACUUGGAAUCUGUUCGCCCGCUGAUGGACGACGAAAAGUACGAACACGUGACCCAGCUGGCGGCGGAGUUCGAGAGCAGCCUCGGUAACCGCCUGCAGUGGUACCUCAAGCUCAAAGCUCUCUGGUCCUCCAACUACGUUAGCGACUGGUGGGAGGAAUAUGUGUAUCUGCGUGGACGGGAUCCAAUAAUGGUCAACAGUAACUAUUAUGGCAUGGACUUCUUGCAUGUGACUCCCACACCCAUCCAGGCAGCCAGGGCUGGAAACACCAUCCAUGGGUUCUUCUUAUACCGACGAAAACUCAACAGAGAGGAGCUUCAACCUAUUCGUAUCCCCGGCACUUCCAUUCCUCUGUGUUCAGCUCAGUGUGAGCGGCUGUUCAACACCACACGCACUCCUGGAGAGGAGACCGACACACUUCAGCACUGGCAGGACAGUGACUACAUUGCAGUUUACCACAGAGGGCGCUACUUCCACUUAAAGGUGUACCAGGCAGGCAGACUCCUGUGCCCCAGAGAGAUCGAAUUCCAGAUCCAAAGGAUCCUCGAUGACCCUUCUCCCCCCUGCCAAGGAGAGGUCCAUCUGGGAGCCCUCACAGCUGGAGAUAGAAUCCCAUGGGCUAACACCAGAGGGAAGUAUUUCAGUAGUGGGGUCAAUAAACGCUCUCUGGACUGCAUAGAGAAAGCCGCCUUCUUUGUGACCCUGGAUGAUGACGAGCAGGGCAUGAUAGGGGACGACCCCGUAGCAAGCUUGGACCGAUACGCCAAAUCCUUGCUACAUGGGAAAUGUUAUGACAGGUGGUUUGACAAGUCGUUCUCAGUCGUUUACUUCAAGAAUGGAAAGACUGGCGUGAAUGGGGAGCACUCGUGGGCUGAUGCACCCGUGUUAGCACAUUUAUGGGAGAGCACGUUGGCCACCGACGUCUUCCAGCUCGGUUACAACGCAGAGGGUCAUUGCAAAGGAGAAAUAGAUUCAUCUCUACCACAACCAAAGAAGCUGAACUGGGAAAUCCCUGCAGAGUGCGAGGAGCAGAUCUCUAAAUCUCUGGAAGUUGCUCAGGCCUUGGCUGAUGAUUUGGACUUCCACGUUUUCAUCUUCAGAGACUUUGGCAAAGGAAAGAUCAAGAGGUGCAAAGUCAGUCCAGAUGCCUUCAUUCAGAUGGCUAUUCAGCUAGCUUACUACAGGUAUCGGGGAACAUUCUGUUUGACGUACGAAGCCUCCAUGACUCGUCUGUUCAGGGAGGGCAGGACUGAGACCGUUCGCUCCUGCUCCAACGAGAGCAGUGCCUUUGUCCGAGCUCUGGAUGGUGGAGAGGCAGCAGAUGUGUGCAGGCGUUUGUUCCGCUCAGCAUCAGAGAAGCACCAACUUCUCUGCCGCUUGGCGAUGACAGGAGGAGGCAUCGACAGACACUUCUUCUGUCUGUACGUGGUGUCCAAAUAUCUAGGAGUGGAGUCUCCCUUCCUGAAAGAGGUGUUGUCGGAGCCCUGGCGGCUCUCCACCAGUCAGACUGCCAUGCAGGUGCAGAUGUUUGACUUGGUUAACCAUCCAGAGUACAUCUCCUGUGGAGGGGGCUUUGGACCGGUGGCUGAUGACGGUUAUGGGGUGUCCUACAGCAUUUGUGGAGAGAACAGGAUCAACUUCCACCUUUCCUGCAAGCACUCAUGUCCAGACACUGAUGCUCAUAAGUUUGGUGCUGAGAUCCAGAAAGCCCUACACGACCUGCUAAACCUGCUUAGCCCGUACCAAAACGAGCCCCACAAGACACAAGAGAAACCGCCCGAGGUCAAGAAGGACUUGUAGGCAGUCACUCAGGGAAAGAGAAUGCUGAAAGGAAGGUGUGCAAACUUAAGUCCAACACUGCAGAGUUAGGAAAGAGUUUUUUUCCCAUCAUGCUUUAGGAGAACUUUAUAGCCUGCCAAAUGAUAUUACAUGGACAGCUCUAUGAGGACACUGUUAUGAUGGAGGUGAUUUUUUUUUACAGAGUUGCCUCUGUAUUUGUGUGAGUUUAUUAGCUGUGUGAAAGGUGUGUGAAAGAUAAGGUCCAUAAAAUUAACAAACCUUGAUUUAUGUAGAACAACAAUUCUGCCAAUUAAGAGUAAAAAAAAAGAUUAUCCUAAAAGCAAUUUUGAUGAAAAACUUUAUCAAAUGGCUUAGUUUUGCAAAACAAUGUGAAACUUUUUUGGUAAAUAAUUAGCGCAUUAUGAAAAGGAGUUUGUGAAAAAAAGAUCCUCAUUGUUGUAAUAUUACAGGGUUGACUGAGCAGAAUUAAAUCUUCUUCAACAAGACGAGUUUAAGAAAAGUCACUGUGAGACAUUUUUUUUAUGUUUGCAUUGCAAAAAAUGUUUUGGAAGGCCAAGUCAUUACCAUAAUAAAGUUUCUUAUUUGUAAAACUAAAGGCCAAAUUCCACCAGAUCCGUGUCCAGUCCGUCUCCGAUCCGUCACGGCACCGGAUCUGAUUGGUUUCUAUUCUAGUGAAUAUGUUAACUCCCUCUGGAUCUGCUCUGUUGCACUCCGGCUGCGUCUCUGAUCUGGCAGAUCAUAACGCAACGGAUCAGAUACACAGGACUUCUAUUUUUGCUGGAUGCCGGAGCACGACACUUCAAUUCAGAUGGAGCGGGACAGGAAGUCAGGCACCAAAACAAAAUGAAAAGUAAAACACUGUGUUAUCGUUAGAUCGUUUUUAACUUCACUAUGACAAAAAAAAAUGUCAUUUAGAGUGGAGCCAGGCCUGGAGUCAUCAGGUCAGAGGUUUUCAGAGGACCAGAAAGAUAACAUGGAUGAGAAGAGGAGGAGGAGAAUCCUUGAUUCAGUGAUUGCCACUGGAAAACCUCAGUCACAUGACUCCAGCUGUCUGGCGGUCCUGCUCCAUGCUGCGUUUCAAAAACACAACCAGUGGGUGUUGACCUUAACGGAUGAAAGCGCACGGAGCCGGACCGUAGCGGAUCAGAGACGGAUCGGACACGGAUCUGGUGGAAGGACCUUGUAAGUCAUUAUUUUGGGAAAGGUUCUCAAUACAUUGUGAUGCUUAGUCGUCAUUUGGAAAUCCUAUGAGAUUUUUCUGAUUUUUCAUUUAAGAUUUUAACGUUUAUUUCUUAUCUUAAUAAGUCAUCGCUUUGAAAAACAGUGUAGGAAUGCAACAAUACCUCGCAGGACAUUUAAAUAGCACCACACAUAUACUGCUUCAUGUAAAUUAACGCGAUGCCAGAAGAAGACGCUGUCUACCUUUGACUUCUGUUGUUUGUCGUCAUUGCGUCUCUUAUGUUUGUCGCAGAAUAGACAGAUGUGUACGUCAGCUAGAGGGGGAGAUUUUGGAGUCGGUUUUAUGAAGCGACCUUUCUCUAAAUUUAGAACAUAAACUGGGUUACUUACUCCCUUAAAAAUGAGUAAAAUGUAUCUUGAAUGGUAUGGUUACUUGAAAGUGUCACAACAUCACUACUACGUUUGUCUUUUAGAAAUGUUUCUUAAAAGUUGGAAAUACUUUAUCAAUAUUUUGUAAAACUAAGUCAUUCAUUAGUAUACUAUGCAUUAUUUUGAUAAAGUUUCUUACUGUGACUUAUAGGAUCUUAUCUUGUUUCAUAGGGUUUGAGAAAAAUUUGUUUGAAAAUUAUGAUUUAUUUAUCUUGUUAGAUUUAGCUGUAAAACUAUUGCAGAAGAAGUUUUGUAAACCCCAAAUAAAAAGUAAUUAUGAUGUAGUGUCAUUAUAAAAAAGCUAGUAUGAUCUGCACCAGUCCAAAAGUUAGAGAAGAUGACACUUCACCUUUGAGUUGGGGCACAUUGGUUGUGAUUGCAGUAUGUUUGGACUCUGUCAUGUUACACUGUUUGUGCCACAAGUUGUUCUGUUGUGAUCGAAUGCAGGGCUGGAGAGCCGAUACCAGUCAACACUGUAUGAAGGUAAAUUUGCCGUAAAAGUGACAUCAAGUAUUUUAGAAGUCUGUGACUUCUCAGUGUUUACUCAUCAUAUUUAGAUCUGCUUUCUACAAAAACAUGAUUGUAAUGCUGUGCUGAGAAAAUCAGGCUGUUGUAGUAAAGUUAUUUUGCUCUGUUUAACUCAUACGUUCGAUAAGUAUUAUAUUCAGUGCCAAAUCACAGAGGAGAUGACUUUUUAAUGUAUUUUUAAAACCAUAAUUAAACUGAACAUGCAACUUAAGUAGCUUAGUGUAUGUUUUCAGUGGUCAGUGGCAUUUAAAAAACACGAGGUUCAGUGAAAACUAUUAAUCAACUGAAACUAUUUAUCACUGCCUUCUAUGAGUCUGUUAUGAUUUUUUUAUUUUCAUCACUGUUUUUGAGCGAGCACCGUAACAAUGCAAGCUUUAUCUAUACAACUACAGGUUUUUAGUCUCAAGCAGUGCUGCAGGUCAGAUGUGGAUUAUACUUCAUGUGAAAUAUGUUAGCCAAGCCAUCAGAUUUAAAGGAUGGCAUGUGAGCUGUGACACCAAUUCCUCUGUUAUUCUCCUUCGAUUGUUGCCUUUAUUGUUUCACCCCAUGUCAGUUGAGCUUGUCUCAUUGUGUUGCCUUUUUUAAUGCAAUAUUACAAGGGAACAUAAAGUCCUUCUUCAAGAAAA